AUGUUAAACAUAAAUUAUGUUCCCUUUUUUCUCUUUCUGCAGCUUUAUGUUACUUGUGACGAGCAUAAACAUGUAUUCGAUUACAUUAUAGUUGGUUCAGGACCUGCAGGAUCAGUUAUAGCCAAUAGGAUUUCUAAACUACUAUCCCUUAAAGUUCUUAUGUUAGAAGCGGGAGAACUGCCUCCUUUAAUGUCUCAAGUUCCACUUUACCCUUUAAAUUUAGCUCGAACGAGUGUCGAUUGGAAUUUUACAACUAUACCUAGUAGAACCAUAGCUCAAGGUCUUAAAAACAGGCAAAAUAGAAUUAUAGCAGGAAAAGCUUUAGGUGGAUCCACAGCUUUAAAUUUUAACUUAUUUGUACGUGGAAACAAAAGGGAUUACGAUAACUGGGCGAGACAUGGCGCCAUAGGUUGGGACUGGAAAAGUGUCUUUCCUUAUUUUCUAAAACUCGAAGACAAUCGAGAUUAUCAUAUAGUACGCAAUGGAUAUCACGGUGUUGGUGGUAAUGUUGUUAUACAGACACCACCAUUUCAUUCACCAAUAACAGAAGGUUACUUAAAAGCAGCCAUAGAAAUUGGAUAUGGUAAUGGAGACUUCAAUGCAGAGCCUCAGGCAGUGUUUCAACCAGAGCAAGGAACUAUUGAUAGAAGAGGAUGUUGGGGAGCGCUUCAAGCUUAUAUUAAUCCUGUACGGGGUAGAAGAAAUCUUUGGAUCCUGACUUCAGCAUUUGUUCACAAGAUAUUGAUCCAGAACAAAUAUGCUUACGGUGUUAAGUUCGAACACCGUGGACAGACCUACGAAGCUUAUGCCAAACACGAAGUGAUCAUAUCUGCUGGAGUGUUUAAUUCACCGAAACUAUUAAUGCUAUCAGGAAUCGGACCAAAACGUACUUUAGAGAAGUUUGAUAUUCCUAUUGUAGCGGAUUUACCGGUUGGAAGAAAUCUUCAAGAACAGCCAUCCACUUCUGGUAUGACAUUUGCAGCAAAAUCAUAUACUUACUCCACAGAACGUAUCACCGUACUGGAUUACAAUAAAUUUUUAGUCAAUGGCACAGGUCCACUAACAUCUUUAGGAGGAAUUGACACAAUUGGAUUUGUAAAUUCUAAAUACAAUGAUGAUCCUGGUUGGCCAGAUAUUGAAAUGUUAUGGUUUUCUUUAUCAGCUGCAUCGGAUAAUGGCGCAGUUUUAAGACACGCGGCAAACUUAAAAGAGGAAGUAUGGAAGAAAAUGUUCGAACCCUUUAUAUCGAUUGACACAAUAGCGUGUUUUCCGUAUCCAACACGUCCAAAAAGUAGAGGAUUCGUUACCAUUAGAUCUAGCGAUCCUCACGACGAUCCUCUCAUUGAUUUAAAAUUUUAUUCGAAUCCCUAUGACUUAAAAAUUAUAGUUGAAGGUUUGAAAUACUGCCUGAAAAUGGCAUCCACGGAAGCAAUGAGAAAAUUUGGAGUUUAUCCACUUCCAGUAAGUGUCCCCGGCUGCGAACAUUAUAAGAGAUUCACUGAUGAAUAUCUCGCUUGUGUAGCGACAACACUUCCAUUUACAGUAUAUCAUUACUGUGGAUCGUGUAAAAUGGGAAGUGUUGCCGAUCCUACAACUGUGGUUGAUCCAACACUCAAAGUUAAAGGUGUAGAAGGACUAAGAGUAGCGGAUGCUUCCAUAAUACCAUUUGUAGUAACUGGGCACUUAAACAUUCCAACUUACAUGAUUGGGGAGAAGGCUGCUGAUAUGAUUCUGUCUGAUUUACUUCAUAAACAUAAACAUGAACACAAAUAA